AUGGCUUUACCAGGAGAAAAAGAUGAACCUUUUCUGUUCCCAUCAACGAGUUAUGACAGUAACCCUCCCCAAUACUUAUCUUCAGACCUUCUUUCAUCAUCUUUACCCACACAUUCUUUCUUCCAGCCCUUUGUUGAAGCAGAUGGCAACAACCCAGUGUACAUUCACCCUUACAACGUCGAAUCAUCAGCUUCCUCUAUUUCUCUCUGCUUUCCAUCUCGCCGUGUUCAUUCAACUUUCAUAGACCAGGUAUUCAAAGCUGAUCUCACUAUCUCUCCUUCAACUCAACAAACCCAACAAGGUUUUCAAUCUCAUUGUCAUGUCAUAUCUUCCUUCAGUGAUCUCAGUGUCACUUUGGAUAUUCCUUCUUCUCAUCUUACUUUCUUUCUUGUUAGGGGAUGCCCUUUUGUUACUCUCUCUGUCUCCCAUCACACACCUCCACUUUCCAUAUCCACUGUGCACAAAGUUUCUUCCUUUACUUCAAAUGAUUCAUUAACCAAGUAUACACUUAAGCUUGACAAUGAUCAGACAUGGCUUAUAUACGCUUCUUCACCGAUCAAGUUUAGUUACAGCGAUGGCGUGAUUACUGACGAUGGAGAUGGGGUUAAUGUGAUAGUGAGGAUAGCAUUGUUGCCAAAUUCGAGUUCAGCAAGUGAGGAUGUUCUUGACCGGUACAGCACUUGUUACCCUGUAUCUGGUGAUGCUUUCUUCACUAAGACAUAUUGUGUUGAAUAUAAGUGGGAGAAGAGAGGGUUUGGUGAUUUGUUAAUGUUAGCACACCCUCUCCAUCUUCAACUUCUGUCUAAAGGUGAGGGUAAUGUGACUAUCCUUAAAAAUUUUUAG